UGACACACUUCCUCAAGCAAGGCCACACCUCCUAAUCCUUCUAAUCCUUAUAAAGAAUUCUACCCUCUAGUAACUAAGCAAUCAAAUGCAUGAACCUAAAGGGAAGGUUCUUAUUCAAACCACCACACUCCCCUAUUUGUGUUUUGGAGAGACUAGUCAGAGCUGGAAUGUAGAAGGUAGCCUUUAGCUCUUACCACUGGAUGGGGACAGAGGAAAAGAAGGCAAAGCAGUCAAAACUAGAUUCUGAUAGCAUGAUAUUAUUCUUAGGAGGCAUCGAUCCUGUUUCAUCUCUCCCAGUUUGAUGUGAUGAAGUCCCCUCUGUACAGUAAACAUUCUCUACUUCGGGCUGUGCAGAUUUGGGGAUACAUGUAAAAUCCCACCCACCCCCUACAGGGGAAUACCAAGUCAGUGAAUUGGCACACAAUUCCUCCUCCUUGACUCUCUACUAUGUUUUUGACUGAACUGCCCCCCCCACCUCAUCUGCUUAUCUUCCAUUUUCCUGACGUGUGUUUGUCCAGCCAUGUUUCUUAUUCCAUGGUAUGGCCUUCUGUGCCCUUGCCUACAGCAUGACCUGACCACUCUUCUCAACGGAAGUUUCUCCCCUUUAUUUAAAAAGGCAGCUCUGUGCUCCUGGAGGUUGCUCCUGCUAAAAUUUGUGGGUCUCCACUGAGCUCCUAGCCUGGUACUUUGGAAGUUGCUAUAAAUGUUCUCCUCUCUAACCAGCUCCUCUUUGUAUCUCCAAUCCUUUGUCUAACCUCUAUUACAAAAUUCCAACUUAUUCACUUAUUUUUUAAUGAAUGAGAAAGCAACCAGUUAGGUAAUUUUUUGUGUGAUAUUUAAAAAUGCAGAAUUAUAAGGAAUUCCUAAUAUAAUACUAUGGAUAUAUUUCCUCAUUAAGUAUAACAUAGGUAUCUCCUAGCAAAACAGAUAGUGGUCAGUCUCAUAAAGGGUGGCUUAAGGUAAGGGUGUGACUUUAAACACGAAGCUUUUCUAAAAGGAUAUCCCGGGGCUGCAAACGUAACUCAGCGGUAAGCACAUGUGUGCCAAGCCCUAGUUUUAAUGCUUGGCCUUUAACAUAAGAAUAAAAAGGAUGAAUAGGUAUAAAGUUUCUUGUGACCAUGAGGCAAACUCCUCUAAGUUCUUACCUUGGGGACUAUUGAAUUCAACUCUAGAACACUUGAAGACAUUGCAUGUUUUCUCUCAGAGAUGGGAGAUUAGACAAUUUCUGGGUUUUUUAAUCAUCAUCAUCAUCAUCAUCAUCAUCACCAUCAUCCUCAUACAUGCACACACACACACACACACACACACACACACACACAUAAGCAUAGGGACACUAUUUGAGGGGAGUAAAGGGACCAGAGCAAGGGAAAGUGAUGAAUGCCAACUAUGAGUAAGGCAUAAUUGACACACCUCUAUGCAAAUGUCAUAAAUAACAUUGUUGGGUUAAGGAUCUUAGGGUAAGACCAGAAACUGUUGAAGAAAAUGCUUUAAGAUACAGGCAUAGGUAAAUAUUUUCUGAAGAACACUCUAGUCACUCAGAAAGUAAAACUAACAGCUGACAAAUAGAACCUCGUGACACUGAAAAGCGUCUGCCCAAGGAGGAAAACAGCAGACCAAGCAAAGAGCCUCCUCAAUGGGGUUGCUAAAAGACAGGGGUCAGCAUGACUGAACGCUUUGACUGCCACCACUGCAAUGAAUCUCUCUAUGGCAAGAAGUACAUUCUAAAGGAGGAGAACCCACACUGUGUGGCCUGCUUCGAGGAGCUCUAUGCCAACACCUGUGAGGAGUGUGGAACACCUAUUGGCUGCGACUGCAAGGACUUGUCCUACAAGGAUCGGCACUGGCAUGAAGGCUGCUUCCACUGCUCCCGGUGUGGGAGCUCACUGGUGGAUAAGCCUUUUGCUGCCAAGGAGGAGCAGCUGCUGUGCACUGACUGCUAUUCCAACGAGUACUCGUCCAAGUGCCAGGAAUGCAAGAAGACCAUCAUGCCAGGUACCCGCAAGAUGGAAUACAAGGGCAGCAGCUGGCACGAGACCUGCUUCACCUGUCAACGCUGCCAGCAGCCCAUUGGAACCAAGAGCUUCAUACCUAAGGAGAAUCAGAACUUCUGUGUGCCCUGCUAUGAGAAGCAGUAUGCCCUGCAGUGCGUGCAGUGCAAAAAGCCUAUCACCACAGGGGGUGUUACUUACCGGGAGCAGCCCUGGCACAAGGAGUGCUUUGUGUGCACAGCCUGCAAGAAGCAGCUAUCUGGGCAACGCUUCACAGCACGGGAUGAGUUUCCAUACUGCCUGACCUGCUUCUGUGACUUGUAUGCUAAGAAAUGUGCUGGGUGCACCAACCCCAUUAGUGGUCUGGGUGGCACAAAGUACAUCUCUUUUGAGGAACGUCAAUGGCACAACGACUGCUUUAACUGUAAGAAGUGCUCCCUGUCUCUGGUGGGGCGAGGCUUCCUCACAGAGAGAGAUGACAUCCUCUGUCCUGACUGUGGAAAGGACAUCUGAAGGUGGCACAGAAACCACAGCGCGUGACACAGAGAGUCGGAUGUUUUCUUUCAUAACCAGGCAAUGCUGUGUUCUGAUUUCCACCAGCCACCACGAGGCUUCCUCUCGCUGCCCCAGCUUCAUGUUUGUUGAAACCCUUUAGUUCUUUACUUCUCAGUGGGGACAAGAUCCAUCUGUAAACCCCGGAUGGGAAGAUGGUUUGGAAUUUUAUAGAAAUGCAAGGCAGAUUAAGUGGAAAAGUCUUGAGUGUCUUUCUAAUGCAUCCUUCCUUCACAUCCUAUUUAAUUUUUAAGUGCAAUUAACAUUUGUUAUGAACUUGAAUGUAUUUUCAAGGGAGAGCUGGGAUUUGCAGCUUUGUGACUUCCUUUUUGUGUAAAACCUAGAGUAAGAUUUAUGCGACUUACAAUAAAAUUAUUCAGAAUAAAACAUGUUGCCAAGCA